UUUUACCCAUUAUUUUCAUAUUAUUUACUUACAAUGUACUUAUAUCUUCUAUUAAUUGCGUUAUCUCUCGACUUUCCAUUAGUCAGUUCAGUCCAUCGCGUCAGUGACAAUUUACGUAAAAAACUCGACGCCGAAGAACAAAACGCCAUAUGCUGCAUGAACAACUUAAAAUGCUGUAAACGACAAGAACAAUCCACCACUUUCGAAGUGAAAUCCGUCAUCACCGACUGUCCUAAUCUCAAGUGCACAAACUGGUCAAAAUCGCACCAAAUCGUAGUCCACAAUAACAAACCAGUAACCGAAAAACUGACCGAAUGUAACCAGAAAUUGCUCCUCACCAUUAAAAUAAACAACGAAGGCCUGCCGAGCGAUAAAAGCCAGUAUGUCAUCAUUGACCACAUCACUGAUGCCACGACUCUAAAAAAAGUAAGAAUUUUGAACCCCUACGCCGUGAGAAUUCGCCAAGAUCCUGUUCUUCAAGUGUACGGUUUGAAGUUCGAGCGAGCUGUAAAUUCAGAAGCCAAAGAGACCGUCUACAACAAAUAUAACCGAAACUACCGCGGUUGCGACACCGGAAACGAGAAUCCCACGUGUGGUGUUGUUCAAAAUGAAGGCAAAAUUGUGCCUUACAGUACCGGAUUUUGCUGUUCGUGCGAUCCUGAAAAAAAUCGGCUUAGAGAAGAGCACGCAAACGAAGGUCAAUGGACCUUGGAUGCUGGUGUACCUGAGUAUCAUAAAAAUCAUCCCGGAGAAAAUGAUUAUGAACAUUAUAAACAUUAUGGAUUUACAGGACGAGACGGUAAAAUGGUUUAUGGACGGAGUCAAAAGCGUGCCGACAAAAGUGUGAAUUACCAACAAUUUACUGAGUUAAAGGAUGGAAAAUUUCGGCAGCGUCGUGGUGGUCAAAGCUGCGACGACGUCGAUUUAGAUAGCCUCCCUGAAUCUUUCCACGAAAGCACCCACUGCCUCACCUUCGCCAACCUCUGGUACUCCGUCUAUCAAGUAACCAAACCCAAAAUCGUCCACCGUCUCCGCAUCCAGAUCUUCCAAAAAUACGAAGACUGCCACGGGAACACCCACUGGAUGGAUUUAACUUUGGGAAAAGUCAUAGAACUAGGCACCCAGAAACUCUCCUUCGUCGACAAAGACUUCGUCGCAAGGUACUGCGCGGAAGAAAUAGACAUGAACGACGCAGCUCUAGAUUACAGAAGCUUGAAGCUGUUAAUCCCCGAACGAAGAGUGGUAGAUCCUGACCAGUUCAUGCUUCUACCCAGAAAAAUGAUGUCUGACGAUGGCAAAACUUGCGACACUGUGGGUGUGGGGUACGAAGCUUUCAACAAACAAAAAAAGAGGUGCGCGUUACCACAAGGAUCGUGUCUAGGAAAUCAGCCGAAGCAGCUUGAAGAAGGUGACAUCCAAGCGGAACGAGAAGGAAGACCUGGAAACUAUUUUUUGAAGUUCUUUGGUACUUUGGCUGAAGAUCCUGUAGGGUACAACUCCACAGGACAAAUCCAGUACAUCAAACUAGUAUAUAUGAAAAGGCACGUCAGUAACUUAUUUUUCGAACUGAACGCUGACUUGGUGACUUUAUUGAAACCGAAUGCUUACGCAACAAUCACUGAGAUCUACACAGAUGCCACAAAUCCAGAAAAAACACGAAUAAUAGUGAAAGUGACGAACUCGGGACUUCUGUAUGGUGUUUUCUAUGUGCGGAUGAGUGGAUGUCCUUUGGAUGUUCCAGCAACUUUCAACAACAUCGCUUCCAAAUCAGUACUUAUACCAGCACAGCACCAACACAUCUUCAAUCUCUACAUUGAGUAUUUUCUUCCGGUCAGAGAUCUGUAUUGUACCAUCCAUGUCCACAAUAUCAAUCAAGAAAUGUUAGCGGUUCGUGAAAUCAGGAUUCAUAGGUACGACCGUUGUAUAUGUAUUUGGCACUGCGAAUGCGUUUGCUACGUCGCAGAUGCAGGUCUGAAGUGCUACCCCAUGAGUUUGAACAGCUACCAUGCCGCUGGGUUUCAAGGUGGUUUCCCAGAAGCAACCCAUCUAGUUGAGUCGUCGUACCUAGAUGAACUCCUAGCGAUGUUCUUCCACAUGUUCAUUUUCUUAAUUCUGACACUAUUGAUAAUGGGUUUGAUUAAAGCUCUUUUGGGGUUGUGUUCAAAAGAGAUUGGUCUGUGGGGUCUGGAUACUAUUCUGGGUACUGAAAAACCAGACGUGAUAUGCGAUAACAAAGAUUGUGAGUACCGGAACGAUGUUGGAAUUUCUGUAGCUGGACAGUUUUGCUUGAAUGUGAUGUUCUUCUUCUUGUAUCCUUUGGCGUUGUUCAACCUCUGUAUUAGAAAGUUUUGCUUUUCGGCUUAUACUUUGGAAGACGAUGAGUGUAGUUGUGAGGAAAGAUGGAUUAAUUAUGAGGGUGAAGAUGAUCUCUGUCCUGGUAAGAGUUCCAAGAGUUCGGGGGGAGGGGAGGAGCAUGGAAGUAGUAAUUUUUCGAUGAAGUAUACCACGAGUGAAGAUAAAUCAGUGGGGGAAAAUGAGUCUGUCAGCGGGUUAGCCAAGUAAGGGGGAUAGAAGAAAUACUUUUAUUGUAUUUUUUAAAUAGAUAGAUGAUUUACUGUGUA